CUGAACCAAACACGCCCUACCCCGAGGACUAACCGUUAUAAGAUGGAGACAGUAGAGCAUCAGCACUGAGAACAGCAUUUCGCAGACGCACGCAUCUUCAACGCACAGGGAUUUACCACCAUCUCACAAGCAAGAAAAAAUCCACCCAGAUUAUCCUCUUCUGUUGCAGGAAAUGGACAGCAGACUGAUUUAUGCCGUUGCCUUGGUGAUAGGAUGUUGGGUGCUGGCAGCCAAAGGCCUCAUGAUCAACUCCACCCACCCAGUGGGAGCUCUUAUCGCCCCCAUCGGUCGUGCCGGCUGUGGCCAGACGAAGACUUGCUUGGAGACCCCAGCGGACUGUGACCCCGAAGGCAACGGUCCCUGCCUGUUUGUCUCUGGCUCCAGGACCAACGGGCCCGACUUCACUCCCGAGAUUGCCAUCGAGCUGCGUGGAGACUCUGAAAACUACAUUGUCAUGAUUGCGUCCUCCGAUAAGACUGAGGGAGGGGGAGAUGCGGCCUUUGUCUGCGCACAGUACAAAAACGCACAGCACUUUUUCGCCACGACCUUUGACAAUGGAUCACUGACCCUCAACAAUAAUAUAAUGGUCAGUAAUGUCCUGGCCUCAUUCAAUGAAAAUGUGAUCCGAUGCACCUUCACUGUCCUGGGAUUGAAUGCCUCCCACUACAUUUUCGCCGGCAAUGGGAACUUCAGCAAUGGACUCCUGGGGGAUCCUGAAAUUACCCUUAGGAGCAACGGCAGUGUGGACCCGAUCAGCACCAAUAUGCCUUCAACAUCUGAGAACAUGACCAACAGCAACAUGUCUUCAACAUCUCAGAACAUGACCAACAGCAACAUGUCUUCAACAUCUCAGAACAUGACCAACAGCAACAUGUCUUCAACAUCUCAGAACAUGACCAACAGCAACAUGUCUUCAACAUCUCAGAACAUGACCAACAGCAACAUGUCUUCAACAUCUCAGAACAUGACCAACAGCAACAUGUCUUCAACAUCUCAGAACAUGACCAACAGCAACAUGUCUUCUCCAUCGCAGAACAUGAAUACCAUCCCUGUGGGAGCUCUCAAUGCCGCCAUAAGUCGUGCCGCUUGUGGCCAGACAAAGCUUUGCGAGGAGGUUCCAGCGGACUGUGAUCCCAGCGGAAAUGGUAACUGCCUGUUUGUCUCCGCCACCACUGCCACCACCACCAGACCCUCCGGCAUCAAUAUCGCCUUCGAGCUGCGUGGAAACACCAGCGGCUACGUUGCCCUCAUUCUGUCCCCCGACAUGAAUCAGGGAGGAGGUGAUGAGUCCUUUGUCUGCGCACAGUUCAAUAAUACCCUCAGGUUCUUCACUGCCUCCUUCGACAAUGGAGCACUGACCAUGACCAACAGGACGGGAGCUGUCAGUAAUGCCCUGGCUUCACUCAAUGGAACUGUCAUCCGAUGCACCUUCACUGCACUGGGGCUGAAUGCCACAGCCAGCCGAUCCCCUGACUCCUCCUUCUACGUCUUUGCUGGCACAGGGGAAUACGAUGGUGUAAGCCUUGGGGAUCCUGUAAUUAGGCUUUCGAGCAACGGCAGUCUGGACCUCACCAACACCACCAGCAACCUGCCAGGGGGCAAUGGCGGAGCUGGCCUGCACCCCACAUCUCUGGUUUUGUUGGUCCUGCUCAGUGCCUUGAUCUCUCGUCUGGUUUGAGGAGCUGAAUGACGCACCCCCCCCCGCAGCCCCCCACCAUCACACUUACUUGAAUGAGUCAAUCAGCACUGUGCCAAAUGGAACCCCAAGUUCUGAUGUUUAUACCUUUUUAUUUACCUCUUUUGCUGAGUAUUUUUGAGUGUGUAUGUAAAGUGUAAAGUAGGCCGAUGUGUUUGUGUCCGUGUUUGUUACAAAUGAAGCCGACCGGUGGAAGUGUGGCAAGCUGUCAUGGUUCUGUGUGCAGACUAGAACGCUGCAUAAUAGGCUGGCAUACUGCUCUUAUUAAGCAUGUAUCAUCACCCUUAUAUCAUUAUAAUAAACAAUGUAUUUUUGUAUGACUUAA